AUUUUUCAGAGUCAUGGAAUCAUGAAAAACAAAAUGACUCAUCUUUCAUUCAUAAUUUCAUAACCUUUACAUAAUGAACUAUAAAUCUUAUGAUUAAUAAUAAAUUAUUCUAUGUAAAAUUAAAACUACUUCUCUUUUUGCUCAGAAGAAACUAUGCAAGGUCUCGAACCAUACCCACAUAAUACAAAUUCAAAAUAUUGAUUACAUCUUCAUCAGCCAUAAUAUCCUUUAACCCUACCGCUAUAACGUAGCAAAACUCUUUCCAUAUUCUUCUGUGAAUUUAUAAGUGCUAUUAAAUAAAAUACGGAGCUUUCAGUACGAAGUGAAACGCACCUUUCACCAGAAUCGCUUAAUUAAUAUUAACUCUGUCACCGUACACCUUUACAACGUUUUUAAGCCUUUUGUGAACUGUAAGGCCCCGAUUAAAAUGCAUGUACAGCAUAAACCUAUAUAUUGAGGCAGAAAAUAAAGGUAAGAAAUAAGAUUAGUGAUUCAUUUCGGUGUUCGUGACCUCGGGGACUGUUGCAUGAUUAAUUUAUGCAGUUUGAUAUGUGUGAAUGACGUUCUUAAGGUGCUUGAACACUUGUACGUAACAUAAAUAUUAAGUGGGGUUGGCCAAUGGGGCAAAACGAUGUUGUUUUCCCCCCCACAACCCAAGUUUUGACAAUAUUAAAAUCCAUCAAAUUUAUAUUUGAAAUUAGCUUCUGCCCGCGGUUUCACCCGCGUCUCAAAUGAUGACAAAAACUAACUUAUGUCCUUCCCCCGGGUCUAAGCUACCUCUCCUCUAAUUUUCAUCUUAAAGGGACCAGCUAUUCUUUAGUUAUAAAAUGUGUAAAUAACACGACAUUCUUUUAUAUAUACCUAUAGAUUACAUCCUCUGUUUGAUAUGUUUGCUAGAUACGCGUCAUCUAGUCCCUAUAACCAUAUUCAACAUGAAUUUCAAACAUGGAAGUCAAGUCCAGCAUUUUCGUUUUGUAAAUCGCGGUUUUGUGGUGAUCCACUAGCUAGCUUAACAGGCGAGCCACGAAACCGCACCGUGAAGCUCGCUCGUUGAUCACAAGCUUAAAGAUAACAUUUCAACGUAAUUUUGAACGAGAUUUUUUGCCAGUCAUUUGUUUUGAGGAAUUUGAAGAAAGAAUGUUAGUCUUGUUCUUGCAUUUGUUUAAAAAGAGGCUUUGAAGAGUUUCUUAGUCAUGGAUUCGAAAAAUGGAAUACACAAGUACAAUUCUUUCUGUCUUGAUUUGUAUACUGGAAAACAGUGACUAAAAAUUGACCAGAAAUCCAGGUUUGUAAUAGAAUCUGUCAAACGGGAAAUCACUAACCUAUCUUCCGUAAUACUUGAUAAUAUUAACCAAUACUUGCAUACUCCUAUUUUUCUAAAAGAAAACAUACUUGGCCUUGGAACAAAAAGUGGACUGAUGAUGUCUGUUAGAACAAACCCUUCAACCAACUCUUAACCCCUUAUCAUAAAAUCGCUGACCCCAAAAACAGAGAACUGAAAUUUCACAUCGUAGCAGUUUACUAGUAUCCUUAAUUUGAUAUUGAAUAUUUAACGGUUCACAAGGUCUUGCUUACAUCUCACUUAAGGGGUCGUUAAGUGUUUUCGAAAGUCGCCAUUAGACUGAAAUAUGAAUUAAUGGCGUUGGAGCGACGCUGCGGCGUCAUCGGUAUACCACGUCAAGAGGUGUCUAGGGAAUAGAGAUGGUGUAGAGUGGAUUUCUAUGGAUAUUUUUUUAGUGUAGGAAUUAUGUUCGGUCGAGUGGCCAGUGUUACUAUCGUAGUAAACGGAGGUUUUUUUUAGAAAUAUCUAAUGAUAUGAGUAUUUGAACAUUUGAAUGGAGAGAGAUAGAACAGUGUAACACUUCUUAGUUGCCACUUACUGGGCCUGCACUUGACUGCCUGCAUACUGAUAUACAUAAAACUUAAGGAUGUAGGAAAUAUCUGUUAUCAAAAAAAAAACAUAAGUAAAUAAAUUAGGAAAAGAAUAAAAUUAUUAAUACAUGCAUUUUAUGGUAAAUAAAUAGAUUUAUACAAAAACGUAUUAAUGACAAAAAGAAGACCUUAAAAAAUAACAAACAAAAAAAAUACACACAUUGCGACUCCACCCCACUAUAUUGACAAACGGGCAUAACCAAGUAAGCUGAGACGGUUGGCCUUAUGAUUGAUUAUUGCCCAUUCUGUACCCGGCUUUCACGUGGCUCAUUCUACCCGACCGACGCAACGAGUAUACCCCUUUCUAUAUUUGGAAACAAAGGCACCACUAUGAACAAAGAAGAACAUGGUUUUCGGGUUUACAAUACCAAUACGGUUCACAAAAAUGAAACGCGUAAGAGAGAAAUGUUUCAGCGAAUUGAUGAGAAGGAUGGUAUUAAAGAAUAUGACGCGAAAGAUCUCUAUGGUCCGGAGAUAACUGAUAAAGAUGGGGCCUUGCUGGAUGCUCACGACAGUUUCUAUAUCACCACGAAGAGUUUGCUUGUGCUUUUUCAAAUCAUGGGAGUUAUGCCUAUCAUGAGAGUGCCUAAGAACGCACAAACAACUAAGAGAACCACUUUCAACUGGAUUUCGAAGGCGACACUAUGGGCCUACUUAGUAUGGAGUUUGGAAUGCAUCAUUGUGGUCAAAGUGGGCCGGGAACGCUUAGCGAAUUUCCAAAGCAGUGCUAAUAAGAGAUUUGAUGAAGUCAUCUAUAAUAUUAUAUUUCUGAGCAUUUUGAUCCCACAUUUUCUUCUGCCUAUCGCAUCGUGGAGGCAUGGGCCUCAAGUCGCUAUAUUCAAAAAUAUGUGGACACAUUAUCAGCUGAAAUACCUAAAGAUCACUGGGACCCCCAUAGUGUUCCCCAACCUGUAUUCUCUAACUUGGGGUCUAUGUGUGUUCUCAUGGGGUCUCAGCUUUGCCGUGAUCCUCUCUCAGCAUUACUUGCAAGAUGACUUCGAGCUGUGGCAUUCCUUCGCUUAUUACCAUAUCAUUGCUAUGUUGGAUGGAUUUUGUUCACUAUGGUACAUAAACUGCAAUGCAUUUGGCACCGCAUCCCGCGGGCUUGCCAUGAAUCUGCACAAGGCUCUGGAAGCUGAACACCCGGCGCUCAAAGUAGCACAAUACCGACAUCUGUGGGUCGAUCUGUCGCAUAUGAUGCAACAGUUGGGUCGUGCUUACUCAAAUAUGUACGGCAUCUACUGCAUGGUGAUUUUCUUCACCACCACAAUAUCUCUGUACGGUGCGUUAUCAGAGAUCCUAGAACACGGGAUGAGUUACAAGGAGAUGGGUUUGUUCGUCAUCGUGGGGUACUGCAUGACAUUACUGUUUAUUAUCUGUAAUGAAGCGUAUCAUGCUUCGAGGAAGGUUGGUUUGGAGUUCCAAGUGCGUCUGCUAAACGUGAACCUGGGAGCAGUAGACAGGAGCACACAGCGUGAAGUCGAGAUGUUCCUCGUGGCCAUCUCCAAGAACCCGCCCAUCAUGAACCUCGACGGAUUCACCAAUAUCAACCGGGAACUGUUUACUGCUAACGUGUCCUUCAUGUCAACAUAUCUCAUUGUGCUGAUGCAGUUCAAGCUUACCCUGCUCCGGCAAAGUGCCAGGAAGACUCUCAAGACCAUCGUCAGAGCGGUGUUCAAUACUACCACGACUAUUCUCGAUGAUGAUUUUACUGAUGACGUUGAUGAAGAAUAAUUUAAUGCACCUACUUCAUGUGAAAUGCUCAUGAAUAAGCAGCAUUGUUUUUAUAUGUAUUUUUAAUGAGGUAUUAUAAUCACAGGUUUAGUAUCGCACAAUUAUUGACAUGACAUUAAUAA